AUGCCGGUCGAGAUCGAAGUGGAUGUGAUUUUGUUCGACAUGGACGGGACAUUGAUCGACUCCACGCCCGCGGUAAAUGCUACGUGGGUUGAGUUUGCACACGAGUUCGAUCUGGACCUGGACGAUGUGCUGCACAAUGCGCACGGAAAACGCACCGUGGAAAACAUUACGCAUUACAUUCCUUCUCUCACAGAAGAGCAAGUUCAGUCGGCGGUGGUGCGCUUCGAGACGCGCGUGCUCGAGAUUGCCGAAGAGAAUCUGCGCACCUCCAAAGAGACGGGCGUGGCGAGCGGCACUAUUGUGCCAAUGCCAGGCGCGAAGCAGCUGCUUUCCGAGCUCGACGCAGGAAGCGCUGCGAAUCCGCACCGCCGCCAAGGCUGGGCCAUUGUGACGAGCUCGACACGUGCAUACGCCAAGCGCGCAUUCUCCAUGGCCGAAGUCGGGCCAAUUCCCCACGUGUUCAUCACCUCGGACGACUGUACGCAUGGCAAACCUGAUCCUGAGCCGUACCUUAAAGGCGCCGAACGCAGCAACGCCGCAAUCGCCACGUGCAUCGUCGUGGAGGAUGCGCCGCCCGGCGUCCUAAGCGGAAAACGCGGAGGCGCACGCGUCCUUGGCCUCGAGACGACGCACGACGGGAAGCGCAUGUGGGAAUGCGGGGCUACAUGGCUCGCCCAAGACCUGAGUAAAGUCCACGCGCGCUGGGACGGUGACCACCUGUUUGUUCUUCUCGAUGCAGCGCCGGCGCCGCAGUACUGCGGCAAACGUAUGUAA